AUGAGCGCACAUAUCCGAAAUAGCGUACUUGGUAACUCUAACGCAGAAUUAGUAAAAAAAAGAAAUGCAUACAUGAACAAUGCACAUGAAUAUGUGGAAAACUUUGGGAGGAGAAGGUACAUGUAUAAGUUAGUCAACAGAAGCAAAGGAAGUGUCAGUGAAAGUGAUAUUACCGCGAACAGCAUUAACGGGGGUAGUUACAGCGCGAAUAAUAUUAACGGGGGUAGUUACAACGCGAAUAAUAUUAACGGGGGUAGUUACAACGCGAAUAAUAUUAACGGGGGUAGUUACAACACGAAUAAUAUUAACGGGGGUAGUUACAACACGAGCGCGCUAGAUAUCGGUGGAACGCUAAUAAAAGUUGUGUACCUAAAUGAUGAAUACGUAAGAGCAAAGAGCGAGGAGGUAUCUAAUGAACCGUUAGCAAUAGAAAUAGAAGAGAACAAAUAUUUGUAUGUAAACUUUUUUAACAUACAUGAUUUAGAAGGUACAUUGGAUUUCUUAAUAAAAAAUGAUUUAAUAAAAAAAAAAAUUAUGUUAACAGGAGGAGGUUCACAUAAAUAUUAUUAUAGUAUAAUUGAUAAAAUAGUUAAAGAAGAAAUUCGUAAGAGAGUAAAAAUUGCAAAUGAGAACUACUUAUUGUAUGUAUGGAACUACUCUUAUGAUGAAGAAGCUUUUGUGUUAUAUGUUGAACUGUGUAUAGAAAGAGAAGAAAACAAUGAAAAUAAAAUAAUUUUUAAUAAAGAAUUUCUUUCAAAAUUUAAGAAUUAUGAAACUAUUAGAGUGUAUUUAUUAAAAUGUAUUACAUGUAAUGAUAAAAUGGAUGUCUCUUUAGAAUACAAUCCUAAUGAAGUAGGAUGCCACAGUCUUUAUACGAACGAUGAUCAAAGAGAGCAAAUAGAAGCUUGCCAUUAUAGUAGGAAUGUAACUAACGCUAACAAUGACAAUGUCUUUGUUAGAAACAUUAAUUGCGUUAAUUGCUUGUCUUUCAAGAGAGAUUUAAUUGUCGAGUGUUUCCGAAAAGACGAAAUGAGUUGUGUUAUGAAAGGAAUAUACACACUGUUUAAUGUAAAGAAAUCCAUUGUUACAUAUAACAGUUUGUUAAGAACAGAACUACCUGUACAAAUAAAACAUCCUUAUUCACCUUUUAUAAUUGCAAAUAUAGGGUCAGGUAUUUCUAUUUUAAAGUCAAACGGGCAUGGUUGUUAUAAGAGAAUAUCUGGUACAGCUAUUGGAGGUGGUACUCUUAUGGGGAUUGCACAAACGAUAUUAGAAAAAAUAUCCUUUGAACAAUUAAUAAAAUUAGCAUCUAAAGGAACGACAAAUCUUGAUUUGAAAGUAAAACAUAUGAGAGAGGAUGCAUCUGGUAGUACUUGUAUUAAUGGACAUGCUUUGGCAACUAGUUUUGGGAAUGUUCAAAAAAUUUUAAAAAAAAAAAAAAAAAAAAAAGGAGAAGGAGAAGGAGAAGAGAAUUAUAAAAACCAAGAAAUGAACCGAGAUAUAGCUAGAAGUUUAAUCAACAUGGUUUCUUACAACGUCGGAUACUUGGUUUGUUUACUGGCGAAAAUACAUAAUGUGUUUAGAAUAUUCUUCUCGGGGAAAUAUGUAAGCAAUCAUGAAUGUAUAAUGGAAUCCUUGACAAAUGGUGUGUAUUAUUAUUAUCGUUAUUAUGGUUUAAACACAACGGAGGUGUGUGAUACCCCCGAUGAUAAGCAAAUAAAUAACAUGCGUAUACGUGAAGACAAGGACAAGGAUAAUGCACGGUACGACAAGAAAAAUGCCUACAAACAGGUCAGUCCUAACAGCCUGUAUGAGGUAAUAUUUUUUCUUUUUUUAUUUUUUUUUAAGAGUAACGAUGAUAAAACAAUUAGUACGGGACAACUUCCAGAAGUUUUAUUCCUCAAACAUGAUGCGUUUUUAGGAGCCAUUGGAUGCUUUUUCUCCUAG